UUGGAUACAACCAGAAAACAUUAUGCACAGUCAGAAAAGCUUCUUCAAAUUGAUGAGCAUGACUUUGCAAUGAGACCUGGGUUUGGAGGGCCUGCUAUACCAGUUGGUAUUGAUGUACAGAUAGAAAAUAUCAGCAGUAUUUCUGAGGUUGACAUGGAAUUCACAAUGACUUUGUACCUCCGACAUUACUGGAAGGAUGAGAGGCUUGCUUUUCCUAGUUCUAACAACAGAAGUAUGACUUUUGAUGCAAGAUUGGUGAGGAAGAUAUGGGUACCAGAUAUAUUCUUUGUUUACUCAAAGAGGUCCUUUAUCCAUGACACAACCAAGGAAAACAUCAUGAUAAGGGUUUAUCCAGAUGGCAAUGUCCUCUACAGCCUCAGGAUAACAGUGUCAGCCAUGUGUGCAAUGGAUUUUACCAGAUUUCCUCUUGACACUCAGAACUGCUCUCUGCAACUUGAAAGUUAUGCAUACACUGAGGAUGACCUUAUGAUAUACUGGAAACAUGGAAAUGCCUCAUUAAAAACUGAAGAGCACAUACUUUUGUCCCAGUUCUUCAUAGAGGAAUUCAGUACAUCGAGUGGCCUUGCAUUGUACAGUAGCACUGGGUGGUACUGCAGGUUAUUCAUAAACUUCAUUCUUCGGAGACAUAUUUUCUUUUUCCUUCUGCAAACAUAUUUUCCAGCUAUGCUAAUGGUAAUGCUAUCAUGGGUUUCAUUCUGGAUUGACAGAAGAGCUGUUCCAGCCAGAGUAUCUCUAGGAAUUACAGUUGUCCUGACUAUGUCAACAAUAAUCACAGGAGUGAAUGCCUCUAUGCCUCAAGUGUCCUACAUUAAAGCUGUUGAUAUCUAUUUGUGGGUCAGUUUCCUGUUUGUAUUCCUUUCUGUGAUUGAAUAUGCUGCUGUAAAUUAUCUGACUACAGUGGAAGAACAGACAGAAUUAAAACGAAGGGGCAAGAAUACUGGUGUGUACAAGCUAAAUGCUGCACAAGCCAUGGCAUUUGAUGGCUGCUACCAUGAUAGUGAGAUGGAUUUAGCUACUCUAUCUAGCUUUCACAGCAAGUCAAGCGAACACUCAACACGACAAAGGGCAGCCAGUGUUCCCAGCCUGGAAAUCCAAGUUAAAAGAAAAAAGUCUUUUAAAGGAAAUGUUGGUAGAAAAAUUUUGCAGAACAAUCACAUUAUUGAUACCUAUUCUAGGAUUAUAUUUCCUUCUGCAUUUAUUAUUUUCAAUUUUUUCUACUGGGGUUUAUAUUUAUAA